CGUGGAGCGCGGAAGUGCUCGGAAAAAGAGAGUGGAACGCCAGACCAAAGCAGAGCCAUAGUACGCGAUUUUUGUUUGAAUGACUGGCUGCAAUUGUGUCUGUGUGUGUGCGGAAAGAACUUCGGCGGCAACGACAACGACAACUAAAACGUCAAAAACAACGUAAAAAUAGUGAAGCAUAAAGGCAAAGACCGAAGAAAAACCCACGAAGCAAAGCCAACCGCGUGCCCUGCCCGCCCAACUGUGUGCUUAUGUGUAUGUUGUGCAUGUGUCUUCUUGUUGUGAUUGUGUGUGAACAGUGGGAAGGGUUUUUGUUUUCUUACCUUCCGACCAUACCCUACCUGAACAGGGCUAAUGCAUAAAUCUAUUCGGUUCUGCUGCUCUGCAUUGCGUGCCGUAAGCCCCAGCAGCAACAUGCACAAAUAGAAGCAUUCGCUUGUAAAUGAAACAAUUUUGACAAAAAAAAACAGUGAUGUCUGGGACGCGAUAAGAGAGAGUCAGCAUCGAGGGACUACAACCGUACAAUCUCAGCUAUAAUAAAGAACUGCAAAAUAUAUAGUAAAGGAAUAAAAAAAGAGUGCUAAAAUGACAAUUACCUAUACGGGUGAAGUGGCCACUUGUCGCGGCUUUGGCUGUUUUCUCAAAUUGUUGCUCAGAUGGCGCGGAAGCAUUUACAAGCUGGUCUGGCUGGAUCUGUUGGCCUUCCUCACCAUCUAUUAUGUUAUAAAUAUGGUAUAUCGGUUCGGUCUCAAUCCCUCCCAGAAGGAAACCUUCGAGGCCAUCGUUCAGUACUGCGAUAGUUAUAGUGAUCUCAUUCCCCUGUCCUUCGUUCUGGGCUUCUAUGUGUCCAUUGUGAUGACCCGCUGGUGGAACCAGUACACCUCGAUACCCUGGCCCGAUCCCAUCGCCGUCUUUGUCAGCUCCAAUGUGCACGGCCAGGACGAGCGCGGACGCAUGAUGAGGCGCACAAUCAUGCGAUACGCGUGCCUUUGCCUCACCAUGGUGCUGGCGAAUGUGUCGCCGCGUGUGAAGAAGCGUUUCCCGGGCCUGAACAAUCUGGUGGAGGCUGGUCUGCUCAACGACAAUGAGCGCACCAUCAUCGAGGCCAUGAACAAGUCCUUUCCGCGACCCUCCAAGCACUGGCUGCCCAUUGUCUGGGCCGCCAGCAUUAUCACCCGCGCCCGGAAGGAGGGACGCAUCCGUGAUGACUUUGCCGUGAAGACGAUCAUCGAUGAGCUGAACAAGUUCCGGGGCCAGUGUGGGCUCCUGAUCAGCUACGAUACGAUCAGUGUGCCCCUGGUCUACACCCAGGUGGUCACCCUGGCCGUGUACUCGUAUUUUCUCACCUGCUGCAUGGGACAGCAGUGGAUCGAUGGGAAGGUGGUGGGCAACACCAGCUACCUGAACAAGGUGGAUCUGUACUUCCCGGUCUUCACCACGCUGCAGUUCUUCUUCUACAUGGGCUGGCUGAAGGUGGCCGAGUCCCUGAUCAAUCCCUUUGGCGAGGAUGAUGAUGAUUUUGAGGUGAACUGGAUGGUUGAUCGCAAUCUGCAGGUGUCCUAUCUGAUUGUCGACGAGAUGCAUCACGACCAUCCCGAAUUGCUCAAGGAUCAGUACUGGGACGAGGUCUUCCCCAACGAGCUGCCCUACACCAUAGCCGCGGAGCGUUUCCGCGAGAAUCACCCAGAGGCGUCCACGGCCAAGAUCGAGGUGCCCAAGAGUGCGGCCAUGCCCUCAGCGAUGUCCUCCGUGCGCAUCGAUGAAAUGGUUGGUAAUGAUAAUGGCGCUCCCACUGUGGCCGGUGCCACAACAGCCCAAGCGGUGGUCACACUGCCGUCUGUCGCCGAGCAGGCGGAGGGCGUGCCCCAGCAGACAGUGACCUAUGACUUUCCCAAGGGCUCGCAAGAUGAGGAGGCCGAUGAUGCCAGCGGAAUUCACUUCUCGGCUGGCAAUGGAAAAAUGCGUUUGGGCUCGUCCCCCUCGCUGGUCAGUGUGUCGGGGACGUUGUCGCGCGUGAAUACCGUAGCCUCGGCCCUCAAGAGGUUCCUCAGUCGGGACGACAGUCGCCCAGGAUCGGCGACGCCUAGCGAUGAUCAGAAACCGUACAGGUUCCCGGCCAGCGCCAGUUCGGCCAGUCUCACGGCUGGAAACGUGGGAUCGGCCACAUCCGCUGGCAAGCCAGCUGGAAGCUUGCGCAUCACCCAACAGGUCAUCGAGGAGGUGGACGAGCAGGCCACCAUCACCUCCAUGCGCGCCAACGAGCCGCGACCCAAUGUCAUGAAUAUCUUUGCUCCAGGAACGGCCGGAGGAGUCUCUGCACCACUGCAGCCACCUCCUACGUAUUCAGAACCCGUGGACAUUCCGACACGUCCGCUGGAGUACAAUCGCGCCCAGUCUCAGUACGAGCCCAGCCUAUUCCCGCCCGGUGGAGUGGAUGCUCUGCUGAGCACGUCGGCUCCAGCCGGAGGCAGUCCCUCGCUGUUGUCGAACGCCGCCACGGCCCCCAGCUCCCCAGUGGGGGACAGCACCAAGUCGCUGUAUGACCCGCAGAAGGCUGUCAGCCGCGAGACGGAGAGACCCGAUGCACCGCAGGUUUUCAGGUGGUUCAUCACGAACGUGGAGAACAUGGACCUCAAGUCAUCCAGUGAUAUGCUGGCCAGUGGUACCGCUGUUGAGCCCGAGGACGAUGGCGAUGACUUCGAGAAGCUGAAGGCCGCCCGCGAAAAGGAGAAACUGGUGCGACAGCAAAAGAAUCUGGCCCGCACCAUCAGCACCGCGCCGGGAGUGGAUGCCGCGGCUGUGGCCGUUUCCAUGGCCGCCCAAGCGAAUGCCGUACUAACGGCCGUGGCAUCAAGUGCUGAUCUCCUCGCUGGCGGGGAUCUUGUGCCCAGCUCCACGAUGAAGUCGGAGAAUGCCACCAAUGGCAGCUGAAGCGACGCCCAGUAGUAUUCUGUUGUACAAUUCUUGUGUCGUACAAUUACGUAGCCUAAGUCUAGUGCAUUAUUUAAUUUACCUAAGCUGCUAAGCUUAACGCCGAUCAACUUAAUAUUCUACAGAUUAAGAAUGCUCAUAACGUCUAAACGAGCUUGAGCGAGGAUGGACCUAAUUAACGCUGUUGAUAACACACAAAUACUAAACGCUAAGUAGAAAGUUAUUUGAAUUUUUACAAAUAUAAGCUAUU